GAAACCAACAGCACCAACAGUCUGCUAAUUUUCUCCCUAAUAUCUACUGUUGCCAUUGUUUGAGAUUUAGGAUUGAUGGGACCACAUGUGCUCUGGGAUUUGUCUAAGGUGUUUAAAAUACAUCGAAAGGGUUAGGGUUCAGAGGCCAGUAUUGGAGACUGUGUGUGUCUGACACCACUGUCCUACAGGCUCCCGUAUGUGAUGUCACAGCGGCGCUGUCUUCCUGUCCGGCGGUGUGUGUGAGAGCGGUGGAGGCUCCACCCACGCGGUGAGCAGACAAACAGGAGAGAUGUUUGAGGUGAAACCCCGUGGCGUGGAGAAGAAGGGCGGGAGCACAGAGACUGAUGACACCAGUAGCAGCAGUAAGCAGUGUGGAGGUCGGGGGUCCAUGGGCUCCCAGGGGUCAGAGUCUCUGUAUCUGUAUGACAGCCAGGACUGGGUGAUCUCUCCCAUCUGCUCCCCUGAAGAGGAGCCCUGCCCCGCCGCCAUCUCCCCCAUGCUGGCCGAGGAGACCUUCAGAUACAUGAGUUAUCUUUCCCUGGAUCCCUCUUCCUACUCUCACCCUGGCUCCCGAGUCCUCAGUGCUGAUAGGGUGGAGAUGAUGACCAAGACCUACAAUGACAUUGAGGUUGUCACACAUCUAUUGGCUGAGCGGGACCGGGACUUGGAGCUGGCCGCUCGGAUUGGUCAGUCUCUGCUUCAGAGGAACCACCUGCUCCAGGAACGCAAUGAGUCUGUGGAGGAACAGCUAGCACAGGCCCUGGACCAGGUGCACCAGCUACAACAUGAGCUGGGUAAAAAGGAUGAGUUGCUGCGGAUGGUGGCCAGCGCUUCGGAGGAGAGUGAGACUGAUUCCAGCUGCUCAACACCGCUGCACCCCCGCCAACCCCUAGCGCCAGCUGUGGCCCUCAGCCAGCUGGAGGCCCUGCAGGGGAAAAUGUCUGAUCUGGAAGAGGAGAACCUGGCCCUACGCUCUGAGGCCCGUCAUCUGAAGACUGAGACCUUCACCUACGAGGAGAAAGAACAACAGCUGGUCAGCGACUGUGUCAAGGAGCUACGCGAGUCCAACAGUCAGAUGGUGAACCUGACAGAGGAGCUGUCCCAUAAGAAUGAAGAGGUGGUGAGACACCAGGAGGAGAUUUCCCAGCUCCUCUCCCAGAUAGUAGAGCUCCAACACCGCGUCAAAGAGCUGGCCCUGGAGAAAGAGGAGCUGAGGAUUCACCUACAGGCCUCGAAAGAUGCCCAGAGAUCACUCACUGCAGAGCUGAAUGAGCUAGCGGACCGUAAUGUAGAGUGUGUGGGGAUGCUACAUGAGUCUCAGGAAGAGAUCAAGGAGCUGCGCAGUAAGAACACUCCGUCUGCAGGCAUGAGACGACACCUGCCCUACGGACUCUUCCCCAUGGACUCCCUGGCAGCAGAGAUUGAGGGCACCAUGAGGAGAGAGCUGAGUGUCGAGGACGAGGUGGCUUUCCAGGACCAAAAAGUUUCCCAGAAGAGGGUGUUUCAGACUGUACGCGUGGUCAACGAGUCGGUAGAGCGAGCUGCGGCGAUGGCCACGCCCCCUAUCCCCGGCUCGGGAGGCAGCUGCCUGGUGAUGACGGCCCAGCCCUUCCUGUCCGCACAGGGGAUCAACCAAUCACACGGCGGCGCCAAUAGGGAGGAGGUCCGGCUCGGCAAGCCUGGCGCACCAGGAGGAAAUGACCUCGUGUCGGCGCUGCACCGCCUCUCCCUGCGGCGGCAGAAUUUCCUGUGCGAGCGGCAGUUCUUCCAGGCGGAACGCGACAAGAAGCUGGAGGCCCUGGCCGGGGGAGCGGAAUCGGAUGUGGAGGGGAGUGGCUACAGCUCACCAAUGAGCAGCGUCAUGUCAUCCUUCACCAACCUAUCAGAGUUCUCGGUCUCGUCCAGCUGUUUUAAGACCUUCCUGCCUGAGAAGCUGCAGAUCGUCAAGCCCAUGGAGGGCUCUCUGACUCUGCACCACUGGCAGCAGCUGGCCAAGCCCCACCUGGGCACAAUCCUGGACCCCCACCCAGGCGUGGUCACCAAGGGCUUUCGGCCCCUCGCCCAUGAUGCUCUCGCCGAUGCCGUCUACCGCCUCACCGACCUGGAGGAAGACGAAGAGGGAGGCGAUGAAGAACAGAAAUAUGACAUGAGAGGAAACAGAGGGAAGGAAGGGACAGACGCCUGGGAGAAGAGGGAGGAGGAAGAGGAGGAGGAAGGAGGGAUCACCUUCAAGGUGCAGUGCUCGUCGACACCGGAGGAGAACAGGGAGAGUAUUAGGGAGCGUUUGCCGUUGAACGGGCCACCGGUGUCUCCCGUGUCUCCCGUUUUCCUACCAGUACCAGGCUCUCCACAGCUCCCUCUAAUCCCGAUCACCUGUGACCUCCCUAUGACCUCUAAUGCCCCCUGUGACAUCAUCAGGAGCCCGGCCCUCUUGGCUCCGCCCAUCACUGUGACGUCCAUGGCUCCUGUCCAAUCCCAGAGCCUGACUGUCACCAGUCUUACUACUACUACAUCCUCGUCAGUUUAUAACCCGGGGAAAUGUCAGAGUUCAACGUCUUCCACCUACACCUUCACAACCUGCCGCAUCCUGCACCCCUCUGACAUCACCCAGGUCACCUCCAGUUCCCACUGUCAGUCUUCUAUCUCAGAGUACACUCCCAGCUCCAUGAGGACAGGCCCCAGCACCCCGGUGACCCCCUGCAGGCUGAGUUUGGGGGUGGACUCCUUCCCCCCUCACCGUCCCCCCGCACCCUGUAGCCUGGCCAAGCUGGUCCUGGAGAGGGGCAUCUCUGCUUCCCUCUCUACCGCCGACGCCCCCCCUCCCUCUCACCUUAAAGCCCCACUCCCCCAGCGUCUCCUCCCCAGCACGCCCCCCAACUCCCCGUCCCACUCGCCAACCCCCUCGCCUGUGCCUUUUGAGUCCCGCGCCUCGGCGCCAGCCACCUGUGACAACUUCCUGGCGUCGCGUCCGGCUGAGCUCUUCCUCCAGGACGUGUAUGGGCUGAAGUUUGGCCGCACCCAUCGGCCCAACCUCCCCAGCCCCGACCCCGCCUCACAUAGCUUCAGCCACGGCCCCAGAAUCAAAUCCAAAUCCAAACCCGACCCCAUCAAUGUAAACUUAGUCGAGAGGCUACGCCGGCUGGGAUUGGUCAAGGUACUCCAGGGGGCGGAGCCGUUGUCGGAGGGCCUGGGGCGUCAGGACUCGGCCACCUUCCUAGCCACAGGCGGAGGCAGCCUAUUGGACGGCCUGCGGCGGAACCAGAGCCUCCCAGCUAUGAUUGGAGCGGUGCAGGGAAGCCCCUCCCACCAUCCGGGCCAGGCCCCACCUCAACCACCCACCUCCCUCGCCAUCGCCCCGCCCCUUUGGGGCAACCUGAAGGGGCAGUGCUCUGUCCGACCUAGGCCCGCCUCCACCUCCCACGCCCCACCCCCUUCACUCAAACGCUGAAGAAGUUAUGACACUACAGGGCGGGCAGGGUUUGGAGGGGAGCCAAGACUGAACAGAACCAUUUGGGCCCACACCCUCUCUCCUCCCUCCUCUUUCCCCCCUCCAUCCCUCCCUGCCUCGCUCCUUCUCCGCAUCUCUUUUAGACUGAUAUUCGGCGAAGAAAAGGGCAACAAGUGGGGGGAAAAAGUCCCUCUCCUUUUUUUACAAAUUCUUUUUAAAAGCACAAUAUUGUUAAAAUUGUAAACGUGCAUUAAUGCCACGGUGUGUAUGCCAUUUUCAAAGCCUUAGCUUGCCUGCAAAGGGCUUUAUUGUUCCUAGCCUUGCCUGCCUUCCCCCUCCAGCCCUCUAGGGGCGCUGUAGGUAGACGUUCUCCCUGCUCUCUUCUGCUCUGCUCCUGCUACAGUAGUUAUUCAUCUGUGAGGCUCUGGAUGCUCAAAAGAUGGGAAGACCGAGGGAAUAAGUAAGUUGAUGAGGGCUUGAGAAUGUUAGAGGGAUGGGGAAGAAGAGAAAAAUAGGUAUAAAGGGGAAGUGGCAGAAUGCAUUUUGACUGUGGUGUCAAGGAGAGGAAGAACAAGCAAGAGAAAGAGAUGAGGGAGAGAGAUGAGGAGGACAGAGAUGAGGGGGGAUGAGAGAAGAGCAGUGUAAAGAGAGAGCUUGAGCCUCCAGAGCCUCACUGUCUAGGGGCUUGUUGUUCUGUAGUUUGAAUAGCUUUCUAAAGUUCAUUUUUAAAAGCAGUAGAGCAGUUUGUCAUGUAUAUACGCUAGCUAGCCUCGCUACGGCCCUUAGCUUCUCUUAGGAACCAGGCUGGUGCCCAUGCACCUUACUACUGCCAGCCCGUUGCUAGGGAACUACAAUCUAGCCAUCCCAGUGUUACUAACACAAUGAUCCUUUUGCUUUGCUGUCGUCAGGGGCAACUCUCUCUGUGCAUUGUAAUAGGCUACAACCAGUCUCUGAAAUGCAUGGUGUGUCCUGAAAAUGACAAACUUCUUUGCCUACAGGUCCCAGCAUGCACCUGGCUUUCUGGGGGUGGGUAGGGCCCAGCCGUGCAGCGUGAUUGGCUGUAGUGGUCUGACUGACAGGUCCGAGGCUGCUCCUCCUCAGGUCUCUCAUAAGGAAGAGGUUGUAAAGCCUAAAGGAAAAGCCUGUUUGGGUGUUUUUGGUUUAAAGCCAUGUGUAUAUUUUAUUAGACACUUAGUGGGAUCGGUAGGUUUUGUUUGGGAUGCCGUUAGCCUGGUCCCAGAUCUGUUUGUGCGGUCUUGCCAUACCCCUAUUGUCAUUGUAAUGUUACAGCACAAACUGAUCUGGAACCAGGCUAGGAUGCAGCUGGGAUGGACUAUUCCUCAGCUUGUGGAGAUCUGAGAGGAUUUGAUUGGUAUAACCAAUAUGGUGAAACUUCCACCUAGCCUAUCAGAGGGCAAGGUAGAUGUAUUACCAAAUUGCUUACACCUGUCAAAUCCUGACAGACUCCCCACAAGUGCAUAGGGCUUAGGGGUCGAUUUGGGAUGGAAGGUUACAAGGUUAUUGACUGGAAACGGAGAACACGGUAGUCGCUGGAGAGGCUUUUUAACAGCACAGGUCCAAACAGCUCUUAUCUGAACAGUCCCUUAUCUCAGGCCCAUGGCGUGCUCAGGUCUGCAUUCAUUAGGGCACACCGUUGUGGAAUGUUCCGGUAGAAAUAUAUGCAGAACAACUAUGCCUCUGACAUGAGGAAUCACGUCAGCUCUAUUCAAGACAGUUCUAACGUUCCACAACGUUUACCUCCUCAACAUGCUCCUGGUACAAGAGGUUUGAUCCCAAACGGGGAACCAUCAGCAUCCUCGGUAGUAGUGGGUGUACUAUGUUUUAAUCCAGCUCUGAGUCUCAUCUAAUGCAUGGUUCACUACUACUGUGGUUAUGGUCUUAAAAGGUACUCUAUUCACUCAGCGGCCAGUAGAGGGCAACAUGGUGUUGUGUGAUAUUGAACAGCUAUGACACUAACGUCCUCUAGUACCAUCUCCUGUAAUGCUAUUUAUUUUACAUCUGAAAGGACUUGAUGGGUAUAGCGGCAGAGCCUAAGCAAUAUGGGGAAAUUCCAGCUAGCCGAUCAGAGGUCAAGGUCAAACAAAUCCCAUAUUGUUAUUCCUUUCAGGUCUACUGGAGUGUGUAGUGUGAAGGGGCUAGACUAGAGCCUGGGUACCAGUCUGUGUUCUCAUUCCACUCUAGUGUUCACAUGAUACAGAGUACAUGAAGUGGAAUGCUAGCAAAACAGGUUCUGUAUUUCAAGCUAGUUAGACUAGUGUGUGACCCUGUGCCCUUUGACCCAUACUUAACCCCUGGAGUGACCCUCAGACGUCCCUGCUAUACCUCUUUUCUUACCGUCCGUCCAUCUGACCUUUCCCACUCAUGUACUGCACUUUUUAACCUGAUUUACAGAGAUCACUAGUUAGGAAAUAUUUUUAGUGACAAAUAUUGAUAUUUAGACUAGGUUAUAGCAUAAAAUACUGUAUUAUUAUCAAAGGUAAUAAGUUAUUUAGCAUUUCAUGUAGACAUUUAUUUUAGAUUGUUUUGUGCCUCCAUUGUGUGAUGAACCAUGAAAAGGGAAUCCAAGCUGUCAUGUUUUUAAAACUGUAUAUCAGUGCAAACCAAAACUCAUUUUUAAAUACAGUGAAAUGCUUUGUGUUGGCUUGUGUGUGUUGUAAUACCUAUUACCUAUGUAACCACGAGGAAAGAGCAUCAGUUUUAUACUAGGGUUUCUGCUAUGGAGGAGGUAUAGGAGGAGAGAGGUGAAGACACUGUUCGUUCUAUUGAAUCUAGUUCUAUGACUCACACCGUUGUCUCUAUUGAAUGGAGCUGAUGGGUGAUGGUGGAGGUUGUUAUGGGCUCUGUGUAGUUGGAAGUGUUCAUUAUUGGUUUUCGACCUGGCACCUCUCCUCCAUGCUUCAUAAAAUACCCAAGAUUACCAUUUUGGUGCUUUUGUUUUAAUAAAGGAAAUGAGAAAUGA